AUUUUAAAUAGACCACCAGUCGUUGAUUGAAGUCUGUCCUUGAGCCGUAACUAUGACGUCCGCUGCUGUACUCAUCGCCUUGUUAGGCUUCGUCGCUGUCUCCCAAGCCGCUCCGCAGUUCCGCGGCCCGUACGGACCACCAAUGCGACCAGGAGGUGGACGCCCAUGUGGCCCUCACCAUAUAUUACCAGUAGCGAUACCGGUGAGCGUUCCGGCUGCGGCUCCAGCACCAGCUGCUACAACCAGCCAACUGCUGAGCCAGCUGCAAGGUUUGCUCGGGACAUUGGCUUCACAGGUCAUCCCGCAGGCAGCACCCACUCAAGCUGCAGUCCCGAACCUACAAGCGCUACAAAGUUUACUUGGUACCUUAGGAACCGCGCAGGCUCCAGCGACCAACCCUGCAACAGUCAACCAAGCUCAACUGCAGCAGUUAUUGAAUCUGUUAGCAGCUUCGCAAGCAGCUCCUGUGGCAACCACGGCAUCUCCAGCAACUUCCGGACUUUCAUAUGCUCAAAUCCAAGCUUUGCUGGGCUCACUUGUUGGUUAAGUAUGCUGAAAUUGAAACGAUGGAUAUUGUCCAUUGGGGAUAUAAAUAAUGCUACAAAAACUCUUUACAUAAUAUCUUAAAUUAAAAAAAUAUGAACAUUAAAACUUUAAUCACAGGUCC